UUUACCAACACUAACACCUGCAAGCAACUUGUCGUUUUCAAAGCAAAAAACAUUAAAUAAAACGCAAUUAAAUGGCCAAAGUAAACAUCACUCAAUAGGCAUUGGUGUGAAGUGGUUAAAUAAAUAAUGAAAUAAUCAUCAUAUUGAUAGUAAAUGCCUGAUAAAGCGAAAAGAGAGACUUGUCAAGUCUCGCGUUUGUGUGUGUAUGCGAGUGUGGGUGAGUGUGCCUGUGCGUGUUAGUGUUGGUGGGCAGAACAAUAACAAGCCCAAAAAUGCCAAUGGACAUGGAAUGUAAUGAAGCAGGACCAACAAUAGCCUUCCAUCGGAGGCGAUGAAUCACAGCAGCCACAAUUGUGCCUUAAUUAACAAACGAAAAGCAAUAAACAUAAUCCAAAGAUGCCGCUGCUGAGCAAAUGCUUCCCCUGCUUCAAAUUUAAGCGCGAGGAGGUGAUCGACAAGCUGGACUAUAGUAAUACCCCUUUGACCGAUUUCCCAGAAGUUUGGCAGCACGAACGAACCCUGGAAGAGCUUUAUUUGAGCACAACAAGAUUGCAAGCUCUGCCACCGCAAUUGUUUUAUUGCCAGGGAUUAAGGGUGCUUCAUGUGAAUAGCAACAAUCUGGAAAGCAUUCCGCAGGCCAUUGGCAGUCUACGACAGCUGCAGCAUCUGGAUCUCAACCGAAAUCUAAUUGUCAAUGUGCCCGAGGAGAUUAAGGCCUGCAAGCACUUAACCCACCUCGAUCUAAGCUGCAACAGUCUACAACGUCUUCCCGAUGCCAUUACCUCGCUAAUUUCACUGCAAGAGCUGCUACUAAACGAGACCUAUCUGGAAUUUUUGCCGGCGAACUUUGGCAGAUUAGUAAAUCUGAGAAUUCUAGAGCUGCGACUGAACAAUCUUAUCACGCUUCCCAAGUCUAUGGUGCGUUUGGUCAAUCUACAGAGACUGGAUAUUGGUGGCAAUGAGUUUACAGAGCUGCCCGAAGUUGUUGGCGAGCUUAAGUCCCUGCGAGAACUGUGGAUUGAUUUUAAUCAGAUACGCCGUGUUUCGGCCAACAUUGGCAAACUACGAGAACUGCAGCACUUCGAGGCCAAUGGCAACCUUUUGGACACUCUUCCAAGCGAAGUGAGCAACUGGCGAAACGUGGAAGUUCUGUCAAUAUGUUCCAACAGUUUGGAGGCCUUUCCCUUCAGCGUGGGAAUGCUCAAAUCCCUGGUGACAUUCAAGUGCGAGUCAAACGGCUUGACGGAGCUGCCCGACAGCAUAAGCUAUUUGGAACAGCUUGAGGAACUGGUCCUGAGCCACAACAAGCUAAUACGCCUUCCAAGCACUAUUGGGAUGCUGCGUAGCCUGCGUUUUCUAUUUGCCGAUGAUAAUCAACUGCGCCAAUUGCCGGAUGAACUGUGCAGCUGUCAACAGCUAAGUGUGCUUAGCGUGGCAAAUAAUCAGUUGUCUGCCCUGCCACAGAAUAUUGGUAACCUGGGCAAGAUGAAGGUACUUAAUGUGGUCAAUAACUAUAUUAACGCUCUGCCCGUUUCGAUGUUAAACCUGGUGAAUCUCACUUCGAUGUGGCUAAGCGACAACCAAUCUCAACCGUUGGUGCCCCUGCAGUAUCUGGAUGCAAGUACAAAGACCCAGUUGACGUGCUUUAUGCUACCGCAAGUCACAUUCAAGAUGAACAGUAUACAGGCCCAACAGCAAGCCCAGGAGCAGUACGAGUUCGUAUACGCCAACCAGCAGCAGCCCCAUGUAAGUCCUUCCAGAAGGAUCUGCUUCGCCGAGGAGGCUACCAUUUUGAGUAAUGCCAAACCACAGCCAGCGCCUAGUUAUCCCAACUUUGUUGCCGCUCCUCCGACUCCAACGCCCGACCAGAUGGCCGGAUCCGUGCGGCUGAUGCGUUCACCCACGCCGUAUCCAAAGGAGCUGCGCCAGAUGGCCAAAUAUGUGAGGCAGGCUCAAGCGGCAACCACAUCGGCUAAUGCCAGCGAGGUAAGGGAGGCACGUGUGGUGGCCAACGGCCAAGUUCACUGUGAUAGCAGCAAUGCCAACCAAGAUGUUGUGGACCAAGCCACAGCAAGUGCAAUAUACGGCAUAGCGCCCGAAACGACACACAUCUACGGAGUCUAUCAGCAGCCGCAGCAGAUGGCGCAUCCAUUGCCGACGCAGGAGUACUAUGGUUUGCCAUUGGUCAACUAUGAUGCACAUUACCAACAGCUGUAUGUAGAGGCCAGCACACCACUUCCUACAACGCAUUUAAACGGGGAUCAGGACUACGAGUUGCAACCGCUUCAGCAACAACCCAUGCAGCAACAGGCGGUACCACCUCCUCGAUUGGAACCACCACCUUAUCACAUAGCUCGUGUUUAUACAAAGAAAACUCCCGAGGACCUCAAUCUCUACGAGUCCAUGCGGCAGAGGAAGCAGCAGCAGCAAUUGCAGGAUCAAAGUAUCUAUCAAGAUGCUUUAAACAGCAAUAGUAAUUUCAAAACAACAGCGAUAGGAGCUCAGGAAGUCGAAGAGUCAGUUGAUCAGUUGGACUACCAAAACAAUAUUAGCAACAAUUUAGAACCAAAUCCUGAGGAGGAUGAUCAAGAGCUGGACGACACCAUGUCACAGCACUCGCUUAAUUCCACGGCCACUAACAAUACUUCCAAAGCGAGUCAUAAGAAGUCCACCUGGAUCUUUGGCGUCCACAAAAAUCCAACAGUCAAACAGGUUACACUGAAGUGGGAGCACAGCAUUGGCUUCGACAUAUCAGAGCUGCUUAAUCAGGUUGGCAUCUUUGUAAGUUCCGUAACGCCGAAUACGAAUGCUGCCCGCCUGCUGAACCUUAACGAUAAACUGCUAGAAAUAGACGGCUACGAUCUGACCAAUGCCAACCUGAGCGACGCCAAAAGAGUGCUGCUUAACUGUGGUACGGUCAUGAACAUAAUGUUGUCGAGAAAAUGAUGGACCAUUUGCUUACCGACCUAAGUCGAUUCCCAUCCCGAGACCGAAGACUUUUUGUGCAUUUUUCUAACGCAUUUUUCCAAUAAGCAAAAUCGCCGCUAUCGGAUGAAUACCACUUGGACCUAUCAUAAAGUUAGUUCAUAAUACCCUUCCGUACUGGCGGUCAAACGAUCAGUCAUAGAGCACAAUCGCCAGCUAGAGGAUCCCAUGCUUUUCAUAUACAUAUUAGAUAGAUAGAUGAAUCCAACUGCCAUUUUCUCUACACCUAGAUGAAGUAUUUCCCUACUCAAUAGAUGAAUAUUACCACAAUACGGCCAAAAUUAGUAGUUAAAACACUGAAGAAAGUAUUCUCAAAAUUUGAAUUCAAAAGUGAAAUGCAUUUAUGAUUUGACUGUACAGCAGUCGUUUUAUAAUCUAAUCAAAAUUAUAUUUUGUCAAAGUUUGAUUUAAUUAAACAGUAUUUAAUCGGAAACUUAUGUAAAUAGUUAAGUUUAACAUUAGGUCGAGCAAUAAUACGUUGUGUCAAUUAUGAGUUCUAGACAUAUAUAUAUAAAUAAUCUGUACUCCAUAAUCACGAUGAUGCUUAGAUUACAUUUAAAUGGCAUUUAUAUCUCAGUAUGUGCGACAAUUAUUAUGACCGCCAGUGGGAUGUAACAGCAUAAUAAACAUAAAUAGUGCAAUUAGCGUCGAUUAUAGGUAUAUAUACGCACUUACAUAUAUAUACUCGCGAUAAUCAGACAAAUUACCUUCAACUAGCGCCUAUUUUACGCCCAGCGUUGUUCAAAUUUGUUCCCAAAAUUAUAUGUAUAGAUCAAUUACUUGAUUACAAAAGAUAUUUGCUGUUUAUGUUAGUUGUUAUGGUGCAGCAAUAUAUAAAUUCUAUAUACAUAUAUAUAUAUAUAUUUACAUAUACGUAUACUCUAUAUUUAUUGUCCAAUCAAUCGAAGUGUCAAACAUUAUUUUCAAUGGCAAGCUGUUAACACAAACUGAAUUCUCACACUAUUGGCGUUGUGAUCAGUAUUAUUAUUUAUCUGGUUAAUCACAUGAAAUCAAUCCGAAAGUUAAGCACUUUUUAUAUUCAUAGCGUUUAUAUAUAUAUAUAUAGUCAUACAUACAUAUGUGCAUUAUUGAAGAACACACGCCCCACAACUCACACACACACACACACAUACAUACGAAUCUAGCUAACUUAAGCAAGCGCACACACAUUUUGCCAAUUCAAUUUGAUUUAAGAGCGUUACCACAAAUCACUGAAAUACAACUUUCACUUUGUCAUUU